AUGAUGCUGCAUGACCAGAAGGCAGUCUCACUUUCGCCGUCGAAGGGAAAGGCCAAGGAAGACGACCACUGGAAUGUCGGAUGGUGGGAGUUCCACUCGCUGGUAGAGCAACCUCGCAGGCCAAUCGAGUGGUCAGACGUGUCUGUCAUCUUCACCGCCCACCCCACCAAACCAGCUAUCACUGGUCGACAUUUCCCCUCAUCCACGCACUUCGUAUUGCACCCGCCGUCGCCAAAAGUGACACCCCCAUUCGUGUAUUUGCCGCCAACAGUCAUAACGUGCUCUUCGGGAAGUGAGUGGCUAUUCGCCUACUUCCCAGGGCAAAAUACAGAUGGAAUGGCGUGUAUAUGGAAGCGCGGAACACAGAUCAACGUAUGGACCCAACGGCACGCUUGGCCCGUUGGUCGGGGUGCGGCAGUGAUGGCGGCAGUUUGGUUGGGGAGCCCGCGAGAGUGGUCCAUUGAUCCCUCCACCAGCAAACCGACGCGAUUACCCCCUCGUGGCCCUCAUACACCGGUCACAUCUCCAACGCUGGUUAUAGUAACACAAGACCGACGCGUGUUUAUGUGGUUCGUUCGCAACGCAGCGCCUGGAUUCCGAUCUUUCAAUUGCCCCCUCGUAUACGCUGGUUCAAUAAACGAGACCGUGCCGCAAUCAAUGCCGAACGACCCUGUAGUCGGUCCAGGCGGUGUGCGGCUUUGUACACAUGCCGCCAUCGGGCUUGUGCAUAACGAUACUACGAUUCUGGUAGCAAUGCGUACAGCCAGCUAUCCUAUCCCCACGGACGAAGCUGCAGCUGCCGAUCACAUUGGUAUGCCACCGGUGCCCCCUGAUCGUGACCAAGACUGGGCUUCCUGGGGCGAAAUGCCAACGAUAGAGUUGGCGGAAGUACAGCUUGUAUAUAAUGGGGUAUUUAUGUCUAUGAUUGUAGCUCCACUGCCAUCAAUACACCACCCAACGCCCGGUCUCACCCAGCUAUCAUUUAUCUGCACGCCCCCUCUUCAGCCACCCACUUUAUCCUCCCCAAAACGCAAUGACCAUGCAAAGGGUAAUGUCCAUCUGGCCGUGACUUGCCUUGACUUCAGUAAUUACACGACCACUCCAAAAUCAUCCUUGAGUUUGUAUCGAUUUACCAAGGGAGCAGGGCCACCGCAUUGGAAACCUCAACUCGCCGCUACGCGUUUGUGGGAUUCGAGUGUGGUGGCAUUCGUACUGCCGCAGGUCCAGCACGGAAGUCGCGAAUCUGGUUUCUACGUUGCUGUCUUAGACACAUACGGCAGCACGACGCGUCGCAAGUCACAGGCCACUGCAGAAACACCCAUUGGCUCCCUCUGCGUUCUCAACUUUUCAGACCUAGCAGAUAGCGAACAUUGGGACAGUGCCCCCCUUGUGUGUCCUGUUGACAGACUCGGCAGAGAAUUGCCCUUAAAUGCGGCAGUCUCGCCUAAUCUAACACUUUUUGUGACGGUGACAUCAGGACUUGGUUCAGUGUUAACCGCCGUCCAUUCUCUUCCGCGAGCUGCAUCGAGCCCGAUGCAAAUCUCUAACGACGUGGCACUGCAGCGGGACACGCUGUCCUUGAAGCUCACUCUGGCGAUGCUUUCGAAAUGGAGCACCGAAGAUAUCACUCAACCGCUCUCUCAGAGAUCAAUACCACUGUCCAAUGUCGUAGAAGUCAUUGAUCAAGUUCAUGGCAGGCUCGAAGGUUUGUACAAGGGACUCUCAGACUCUUUGACGUGGGAUAUGUUAGGCGAAUUGAUCGAAAUAUAUCGACAACGAGAAAACAUGGCUGAAUCUGGUGAAGAAAGGGAUAGCUGUCAUGAAAAAUGGCAAACCGCUCAUGACAUGGCUUCCCUCGCCACCUGCAUACAAGGUUUCGAGCUUUGUAAUGACGGCGAAUUGUAUGAUCUCAGUGCUGUAUGGCAGCUGAUCUCAUUAUCUACUUGGCUGAUCGACUUCGUCGAGAAAGUCAUGAAGGAGGCCAUCCUGUCUUACAACGUAGAUGACAUCAAACCCGAAGAGAAUUCUGCCGAGUCGACCACAUCAAUGGCCUCCCUAAACUCGCCUAUUCUUCUGCACCUGGCGCAUCCGUAUGCGCUUACGAACUUUCGUGACGGAGUCCGCCACGUCAAGCAAUUUCAUAUCCAUCUUGGAUCUAUUUCUACGAGGGGAGAAAACGCCUUACUCGCGAAGAAUGUUCUCGACGACCUCGUAGAUGCUUGCGGCGUGGACCUAGGGCUGCUAGAAUCCCUUCUCAAUGAUGUCCUUCUGGAAGCCAAGUCUCUGCCAGGCGAUCAGCUCCGGAGGAGUCUCGAUGCAUGUGCGCCUUUAGACGGCCUUCACGGGCACAUACGUAAGACUCUCCAACGAAUCAACCAUUCAGCCGCCGUGGACAAACCUAAACUCUUCCUCAAACCUGCUGACCUGGUCGAUGGGAUCGUCCGCCUUUCCCUGGAGAGCCAUAAGAAAGAUAACAGAGAUGUCAUCUCCAAGGGCUUGCUCUUGGAUAAGACUAUCAAAGUGUCUUGUAUCAGAUGUUCUGGGACGUCUUCUGUACCGGUGAACGAGGCGCAAAAUUCCGGGGGUCGGCUCCCGCGCUGGCGUCUUUGGGAGAAGGGCUGGGAGAACCACUGCAUAUGCUGGGGCCUUUGGGCACACACAUCCUAA